AUGUUGCUCGACGCAAAUGAGGUUUACUUGUUUUUUGGCCAAGCAAUUACAGCGUUGCACAAAUCCUUGCAAGGAAAAGUUGCAACUCACAAUGAUCCAGACUAUCAUGUCUAUCGGCGGCGCGAGGUUUAUUCAGUUUUAGAUAGUUUGGGAUUAGCUACGAGCGGCGGGAGAGUCGCCGAUGUUGGGGUUGGAGGAUUGACUACUGGUGGAGGUAUCUCAUUCUUUAGUGCCAGGGAGGGUUUAGUGUGCGACAACGUCGAAAACUACGAAGUGGUCCUCGCCAAUGGAAGUCUUGUAAAUGCCAAUCGCUUCGAGAAUCGCAAUCUCUGGCAAGCACUGAAAGGUGGCUCCAAUAACUUUGGCAUCGUCACACGCUUUGAUAUCCGAACUUUUUCGCAAGAGAAUUUCCUUGGUGGUUGCAUCGUCCACGAUAUUUCGACACUUGACUCACAGUUGAAAGGAUUUGCGGACCUUCUUGAGAAUUUGGACCCCUAUGCUGCAAUCAUGAUGAGUAUAUCAUGGAAUCAAAAACGAAAUGGAUAUUCGAUUUUCAAUAAUCUGGAGUAUACAAAAAACGACACGAGCCCGAAGGCGUUCAAACUGUUUCUUGAUGCGAAACCUCAAUAUCUGAAUACCAUGCGUAUUUCAAAUCUUGCAGACUUCGCUAUGAAGGCUGGAAAAUAUGCUGCGCCCGGCUUACGCAAUCAAUUCGCAACCACCACCUUUGGGGGAAGCUUCAAAUUCCUUCAAACUGUCCAUUCAAUCUGGAAAUCAAGCAUCACCUCUGUCUCCUCUAUCGUUGGUGUGAAUUGGGCCAUAACAAUCCAGCCCCUUCCCAUUGCUGCAAUGAAUCAAUCCGAGGAAGUCAACUCUCUUGGCCUUUCAUCUUCCUCAGGUCCUCUUACUCUAUUUCUCCUUUCUUAUAACUGGGAGAAUAUUGAAGAUGACGAAGGAAUAACGAUAGUCGCGCAGAAAUUGAUUUCAGAUAUCGAUGAAGCGGUAAAGGAAAGGGGUGUAGGCAGUGAGUUCAAAUAUUUGAAUUAUGCGGCAGGUUGGCAGAAUCCAUUGAGAGGGUAUGGGGUGGAGGGAUUAAAUAGAUUAAGAGAAAUUGGUGAAGUUUGUGACCCCAAAGGUGCAUUUCAGACCUCAUGUGAAAGAGGAUUUAAGAUCUCUAAAGCUUAG